UAACGUACAAGGCACUUUGACGCAAUUUGCAAAUGGCCGUGAAAAGGAUUGAGCUCGAGGGUGUAUGAAAAACUAAAAGGUGAAAGAGCCCGUGAUAAAAAACUUGUGAUUAAAUCUAGUUCAGUGUAGUGUUAACAGAAUUAUUCAAAAUGAAUCAAAAGGAUAGGAUCCAGUGUUAACGGUGAUUUAGGAAGAACCUGAACACCAGACACUGGAUAGCCUACCGAAGAGAUUGGCUGGCUGUGGGGUAGCAGGGGCGCAGUGCUUGGCAAGAGGCGCGCGCGGAGCGGACUAGUUUACACGGAGAGGAUCUCAGCUCAGCGGGAACCAUGAACGAGUUGGACAGCUUGCGCCAGGAGGCGGAGACACUCAAAAAUGCCAUUCGGGACGCGCGCAAGGCGGCGUGCGACACGUCGCUGGCGCAGGCCACGGCCAACCUGGAGCCCAUCGGCCGCAUCCAGAUGCGCACGCGCCGAACGCUGCGCGGCCACCUGGCCAAGAUCUACGCGAUGCACUGGGGCAGCGACUCCAGGAACCUGGUGUCCGCCAGCCAGGACGGCAAGCUGAUCGUGUGGGACAGCCACACGACCAACAAGGUGCACGCGAUCCCGCUGCGCUCUUCGUGGGUGAUGACCUGCGCGUACGCACCCUCCGGCUCGUACGUCGCUUGCGGCGGGCUCGAUAACAUCUGCUCCAUCUACAGCCUGAAGACUCGCGAAGGCAACGUGCGCGUGUCCCGCGAGCUGCCGGGACAUUCCGGCUAUCUAUCCUGCUGUCGGUUCCUGGAUGACAACCAGAUCCUCACCAGCUCUGGUGAUAUGACCUGCGCGCUGUGGGACAUCGAGACGGGACAGCAGUGCGGGCAGUUCACGGGGCACACGGGCGACGUCAUGUCGCUGUCGCUGGCGCCGGACCAGCGCACGUUCGUGUCGGGCGCCUGCGACGCGUCCGCCAAGCUGUGGGACAUCCGCGACUGCCAGUGCAAGCAGACCUUCCCCGGCCACGAGAGCGACAUCAACGCGGUCACGUUCUUCCCGUCCGGGUUCGCGUUCGCGACGGGCUCGGACGACGCCACGUGCCGCAUGUUCGACAUCCGCGCCGACCAGGAGCUGGCCAUGUACUCGCACGACAACAUCAUCUGCGGCAUCACGUCCGUGGCGUUCUCCAAGUCGGGCCGCCUGCUGCUGGCCGGCUACGAUGACUUCAACUGCAACGUGUGGGACUCGAUGAAGUCCGAGCGCGCCGGCAUCCUGGCGGGCCACGACAAUCGCGUUUCGUGCCUCGGCGUGACGGAGAACGGCAUGGCCGUGGCCACCGGCUCCUGGGACUCGUUCCUGCGCAUCUGGAACUAAACCCACCACACCACCCUACCAGUAGAUACCACCACCGCAUUACCCACUAUCCCAAUUCCCACCAACUAUCUUAUCCUACAGUUAUGUGUCUGUGUUUAUUAAUUUUACGAGGUACUCUUGGAAUGGAGCUUUUGAAAGCGAUUUUUUGAAAACACGCUCGUUGGAAAACAAGAUAUAUUCAAAUGAAUGCAAAUUGUUUCGCGCAAUCAAAUAUAACUAGCUGAUAAUGUUCAUAUCAGUACGGAUACUGCGUGUUGAUGACGUCAUUCGCAUCGAAUUUGAAUUUAGUGUGUAAUGGUUUGCUCCAGGGACUUCUGCUCAUCUGUAACAAAGAGUAAAAAGUCUUAAGUUCAGAUGUAAUUUUUUUUCUCAUUUACAUACGUGAUUCAUAUGCAAUAGAUUAUGAACAGAUAGAACACUGUAUGAAAAGAAUGCUUGUGCAUACUUACUCAAAAGCAGUAAAAUCACGUGCUCGAGAUUUAGAGAAUACAUCAAAAUAUUUCUGAGAUCGUAGAUGACUUGAAGUUGUUUUAUCGAAUACCACACAAUAGCGUUUGCGAGUACACUCUAUAGUUCACCAGAACUUACAUUUCGAUGUGCUGACUGACCUCUGAAUCCAAGGGCUGAUUGAGCAAGGGUCAGUUUGAAAUGCUACAUUGUAUUCGAAAAAACUUGUUAACCUUGAAUACCUCUUAAAAUUGAUAGACACCGUUUUCCGAGCAAGCGCGUUUCGACAUCUCCAAGUUAUCACGAACAAAAUGGCCGACCUUUACAAGAUGGCGCCUUAUUUAUACUUUCAUUCAUUUAUUCAUAAUCAGACGCGCUUGCCUCCAAAAGAUUAUUGCGGUGUGUGAUUGUGUCGCGUAAAUAAAUACAUUAUAAACUAUUUCUUGGAUAAUACUACUACUAUCGCGAUUUUAAUGAAAUGUGUACUUUAACACGAACGAUAUGGAGUACGUAUUUGUACUAAAGCUGCAGCGAUUGACUGUUAGCUUGAAGCUGAUCUGAUCAGCAGUUUCGCAAUUUUUAACUUUACGACCCUGUUUCAGAUUCUACUUAAUAGUCUCGGAGAGCUUGCGAAGUAAAUCGGGUAGUUCUAUAACGCACCUGAUUUAAUUCAUGGACUCUCACGACUUUGAUAUAAGGUCGAGUUUUGAUGAACAGGGCUUUCUUCGCAAAUUUAUUGUAUAGUUAACUCGUAUGGAAGCAUUUAAACUGCGCUCGGUGAAGCAUUGCUAUAGGAGAAACCAAAGAUCUACAGUCGUUCGGAAAUGUAACUUCGUAAUGUGACCCGUUUUCUACUAUACUGAAAGAUAUCGAAUUUGUUUUUUGUAAUUUUACUAUUUUCAUGCCAUACCCAUCACGGAUUCCGAUAUCGACUGUAAAUCUUAAGGUUUAGUUUAGCGAUGCCGUGGCAUAUAGUUUUAUGUGUGAAUGACAGUGUGUAUGUGUCGUCCGUUCCCACUAUAUGUGUACGUAUAUGUAUAAUGUAUGUUAGCUUGGCCUUUCAGAGCCUGAAGGGGCGAAUGCUGUCUAAUAUAUGAUUAUUUUUAUUGAUAAAGAACGCACAUCACACACGCAUCGUUUAAAAAAAAAAAGUGAUUCAAUGGUAUAAACAAAAAAAAAAAAAAUUAAACCAAAUGUAACUGUAACGUUAAAUAAGAUGUCGCUGAGUAAUUUAUUGAAUGGAAAUAUUAUGUUUGUCGCUAUAUAUUACUAUGUAUAAUAAUUAAUUAAUAUUAAUCCCGGAGUAAUUUAUGAUUUUAUGUAAUUAAUUGUUUAGUGGAGUAAGUCACGUCGUUUUCGUACAGAUUGGUUUAAGAUCUCUAUCAUUAUUUUAUAUAAAGAAAUAUCGUGUGAAAAUAGAAUUUUCUACAUUUUUUUCUACGAAUUUUUUAACAAUUUUUUUUUAAUAUCGAAAAUCAAAAUGGACUAUUCCUUGAUUACGUCACACCCGGGAAGGGAGUGAAAACGGAAUUCAUUAAACAUAGAUAAGGGAAUUUUACAAACUCUGCUAACUAUAAGGGCAUGCGUUAUAAAAAGCAGUUUAACGAAAAGUGAGUGUAUGGGUUUUUUUGUGACGUAAUCAAUGUUUUAAUAUGAGAAUCACCAAUGAUAACUGUAUAGGAAGGAAACUCACCAUACCCCUUUAGAAUCACCGUAAUACCUUACCGGUUCGUUAAUACUUGACAAGCUGUCUGUCAUGGCCUAUGAUACCUUCCACACUACCAACAGAUUACAAAGGUUUUUUUUUGUAGAUGCAUUUUUUGUCAAUCGAAAUGCAACUGCAAAAAAAAAAGAGUAAAACGAUGUAUGAUUUGUACAUUUAAUCGUACUCAUAACUAAAUUUACAUAGGUGACAGCCCUGGCAAAUUCGUGGGGCGACAGCGGGGCGUUGCGGGUUGGGAGGGGGACAAUUUUAGGGCACGCACAAAGAAGUUUCAUUUCUAUACUUAGUUAUUUUUAAAAUAAUAGUCUAUAUAGUCCCUAUUGGUUUUAAAAAGUUGAUUCGAUGAACAAAAAAUAAACUCUGAAAGCAUUGUUCCAAAUUGUAAUCUAUGUAAACAUUUGUAAUCUGUAUUGAGAUUAAAAAUACAUGUAAAAAAAAAUGUCUUUUCCAUCA